GUGAAAUCCAUCCGCGCUGACUUGGUCCACUACAAAGACAAAGCGAUGAUAAGAGAUCACGAAGGAUGUUACUGUACCACGAGCCCUUUGGAGUUUGACAUCUCUGACAUCUCGGACAGUCACCACCAACAUGUUCAAACACUCUCCAUCAUGUUUCCUUAUCACCAAAGUGUAUCCCGUUCAAUGUGUGCGUGUGAUUAGAAGCAUCUCUCAUCUGUGACGGAAGCCGAACGGAAGAUGCUGUUGUCUUGCUGUCGAUCACUUUCGAUCAGGAGCUGCUGAGAACAGGAACGUUGUCGUUGCGGCGUGGAUCGAAAGUGGUGUGUUUGUGGUGUUGUGUGUGUGUGCGUGUGUGCUGUGCGUGUUGGUGGUAUCCUACAGCAGUAUGGCUUCAGUGAUACCGCGCGUUGAUGUCGUGUUCCUGGCGUACAGUGAGGAUGCCGGAAAGGCACCGUCCGUUACGCUGGACAGCAUCUGCACGGUCAGUUUGUACGAGCUGCAGCGGCACCUGCAGGCGAAGCGAACCGAGCGCAACAGUAUGGGUGCCGAGGCGUACAAACACUACAAAUGGUACAAUGCAGCACUGGUCGAGGAAUUGCGCACGACGGGGAAAGGACAACCGCGGCCACUGCUGCAGGCUUUCCACUGGUACAUUGAAACGUCCAACCGCUGUGCGUUCCGGGUCGAGGGUCAACAGUACGAAGCGGUGUCGCUGGUGGUGGCCGCCGAGGUGGAGCACUGGUACUGUGCCCGAUCCGGCCACAGUGCCCAGGGCAGUCGUGCACGGGUAGUCUCGAACGUCCCAAUUGGAGCAGCAUUCACAGGAACUACACCACCCGCAAAGACACCGGUUGUUGCCGUUCAUCCACGGCAGCAUCAUCCAAGCAGCCACCGGUCGACAACUCUCGAAAGAAUUGGAGAGGAAUGCUAAGUCGCGUGCACCUUGUGGAGGAGAUCGAAGAAGAUUGUAAUGGUGUAACGGAGUUUUCAAUGUGUGAUAUAUUCCUGUCCUGUUUUCUGUUCAAAAAGCCGAUACCCGAUCUCACAACAAUAAAUUCUUUUUUAUUACAUA